CGUUCGCUCGCCGUCGCCGGCCGCCAUGAUGAGCAGCAGGCUGAACACCGGCGCGAUGGCGCCAGCGCCCGACGUCGUCGACUUCGGCUACAGCACGACUGCUCCCAUGCUGCCCUACGUUGGCUUCGACGCCGCCGGCAUGGGCGGCGGCGCCUUGGCCACCGAGCGGCCGCUGUUCCAGCACGGCCAUGGUCUCUACGACGGUGGUCUCGACUUCUCCGCGGCGGCGUUCCCGUCGUCGUUCCAGGAAGCGGCUCUUGGCCUGUCGGGCUCGGCGCCCGCCGCCGGCAGCCUGCUGCAGUCCCUGGCGCCGCCGCUCGCCGCGCCGUCGUCUCUGCAGAUGCCCAUGAUGAUGACGCUCCCGGGGCUGCCGGCGGCGUCGCCCGACAUGUACCCGUUCGGCGCCGGCGGUCUCGUGAAGCGGGAGGACGGCCCCGUGUUGGACGUCGGCGGCGGCGGGAGGAUCGGCCUGAACCUCGGCCGCCGGACCUACUUCUCCCCGGCGGACGUCCUCGCCGUCGACCGUCUGCUCCUCCGGUCCCGCCUCGGCGGGAUGGGCAUGGGCGUGCUCGGCCUGGGCCUCGCCGCCGCGCACCACCACCACCAGCCGCCGCGGUGCCAGGCCGAGGGCUGCAAGGCCGACCUCUCCGCCGCCAAGCACUACCACCGCCGCCACAAGGUGUGCGACUACCACGCCAAGGCCGCCGCCGUCGUCGCCGGCGGCAAGCAGCAGCGCUUCUGCCAGCAGUGCAGCAGGUUUCAUGUGCUUGCUGAGUUCGACGAGGCCAAGAGGAGCUGCCGGAAGAGGCUCACCGAGCACAACCGCCGCCGCCGGAAGCCCACCGCCGGCGGCGCGCAGUCCAGGGACUCGCCGCCGCCGCCGCCGCCUUCGAAGAAAGGAACGGACGCCGGCGUCGCUAGCUCCUACACCAGUGACCACAAGGCAGCUGCCAGCACCACGACGGCCAGCGGCGUGAGCUGCCUGCAGGAGCUGGCGGACAACGGCCAGACGGUCAUGGUGGCGGCGGUGGCGCCGCCGACGCUGUCGCUGGCCGCUCUGCCGCCGCAGGAGGAGGAGGAGGACGACGACGGCGCCGAGGACGGCGGCCUCGGCACCGUUCUGCUGAUGCAGCAUCACCACCAGCAGGAGCAGCAGCGGCAGCGGCGGCGGCAGCGAGUGCAAGAUGCCGACGUCGACGGCGACGGCGACGACCACCACCUGAUGACGAUGAGCUCGCUGGCGCGGCACCACCAGCAGCAUCGCCACAGCAGCGGCAGCAACAACGACGACAACAUCCUGUCGUGCUCGUCGGCGUCGGACCAGCACAACAGCGCCGGCAACAACAUGCAUUUCUUCGAGGUCGACUUCAUCUAGCAAGCUCCAGCUCAAUUCGAUCGUCGCCGAAACAAAUUUACUUAUUAGGGUACAUAUCUCCUUUGGAAUGGACGGCCAUUUUCGCGAAGGAUUUCUUUUUUACAAGAAUCAAAUUAACCUAGCUAUUCAUGCGAAAAUUAAUCCCGUAAAAUUCAUGCGUUCCAAAGAAGCUCUAAUCUGAAUGACAAUGUGCAUCCGUAUUUCAGAUAAAGGGAUCGAUCGAAUCUCAAAUGAGAAAUGAGAAAAGGGGAUCGAUCGAGUAGAUAGAUAGGCUGCUGGUGGUUUGACUGCAUUAUUAUAAGACGAUUGAGUUGAAAAGAAAGCAGCUAGGCUGCUGCUGUUGCUAGCUAGGUUCGUUGCAUGCAAUAGGCUGGCCAGUGAGUUCGUCUGUUCGUGUAGCUAAAGCAAGCAGCAGCUGGCCAGCUAGCCUUUUUUUUUUCUUUUGGGUUUUCUUUUCACUGUGUUAAUUUGUACUUGCUUGCUGCUUGCCCUCUUUACCAAAGGGGAAUAGUGUGCAGCUACCAUGUGUUUUUUUUCUCUCCCCCUUUUUGGUAGCAAUGUGUAAAUUAGGUUGCUGUGUAUGCUGCUGAGGACGAAA